GGGAUGGGGGCGGGAGAGACGUGCUGCUGCUACUGCUGCUGUUUGUGGAGGGACAGGACUGAGUGAGGGAGGACGGGGGAGGGGAGGGUGAACGGUUCAAGGGUCCGGGGGAGGACUGCCCCCUCCCCCCCGACUUCUCCCUUCCCCCUCCCUCCCUCACCACCCCCCGGGACUGAGAGCACAGGGGGGAGCGGCCACUGAGUGAAGCGGUGCCCGAGGACCGCUGCACCCACUUCCAACCCCCCCCCCCCCCCCGGCCAGGAGGAAGCAGUGGCUGCGAUUUAUGCUCCUCACCGCCAACACCAUGAUCUUCAUGUUGGUGGGGACGUCCAUGGUGAUGGCGAUAGCUUGCAUCGUGGAUAUGAACGCGCUGCUGGACCGCUUCCACAAUUACAUCCUCCCGCAUUUACGAGGUGAAGACCGGGUCUGUCACUGCAACUGUGGAAGGCACCACAUUCACUAUGUAAUUCCCUAUGAUGCUGAUCAGUCUGUGGUCGAUUCCUCGGAAAAUUACUUUGUGACGGACAAUGUGACAAAGCAGGAGAUUGACCUGAUGCUGGGCCUGCUGCUGGGCUUCUGUAUCAGCUGGUUCCUGGUGUGGAUGGACGGUGUCCUUCACUGUGUUGUCAGGGCAUGGAGGACAAGCCGGCGUUACGAUAAUUCCUGGUCCUGGAUCCCAAGGUUAUGCAGUCUGAAGGAUUUCAGGAGACGUUCUCACCGGCAGUAUGAGGACUCAGCAGGGAACAUGGUGCAUAUCAAACAGAAACUAUAUCACAACGGGCACCCUAGCCCCCGACACCUGUAACUUUUAACUGGCGGAAAGCUGGGACUCAACUAGGAGCCUGUGGUGACUCCAGACUGUGUUUUAAACUGGAUGAAAACCAAUGCUGCUGCUCCUGAUGUGAUGGUGGCUGUCAUAAGGCAGCUGGAGUGACCUGUACAUUCUGUAAAUACCCUGGGUAACUGCCCAAAGCGGCUGCUUCUCUGUAUUCGUUUCUUAUUUGAGUACGUAGGACAAGAGGUGCUCGGAGAUGACUCACUGGUAAUCUGGUUUUAACUUUUUCGCAGAUCACCCCAUUAUGUUAAUAUAUGCUCAAAGACCUCCUUCCCUGCCUGUGUACACUGACCUCUCUCCACCCACCUACCAGUCAACCAGAGUCUGUGUGACCUGGUAGAUAAAUGGGACUCCUGUCUCUUUCGAAGGUAACGUUUAAGAUCCCACAGUUUGUGGAUGAAAUGUAAUCACAACCUGAAUAAUUGCAACCAACCCAGGAGUACAUUGAUCCUCAGGGUCACUGCAAAGUGAGAGUACCCAUGUCCAGUGUUGGUUAGAAAUUUAGUCCAAUCAAUCAGUUUAGACUUUAAAAUGCCCUGGUGUUUUGUUGUGGAGGAAUCUUAAUUAUUUGGAAGUGGGAAUGUUUGGACCUAGUUUUUGGUAAUAGGAGCAUCUUCAGUCAAGAAAUUCAAGGCUGAAAUCAGGUCCCAGACCCCAUGGUUUGAAGCAAUUUAGAAUUGUGCAAUUCUGCUGGAUAUUACCAAAUGAUGUGCAAAGAUUCAGUAGUCUAUAGUACUGUGUACAUGCCACCACAAUUAAAAAAUAUCAAUUCCCAUGGCUCCUCCUUUUAUUGAAGUUUAAUAUUGCAACAGAAGGAACUGUAAUUUGUAACUAAAAUUUGUAAUUGUUUUAUCUAGUUAGAUGUGAGGGCUGUUAAAUUGCCUCUUCCAGUCAUUCCCAUUCCCUCCAACUAUCUGCCCCUUCCUAUCCUGUGCAUCUCUACGCAAACCCUCUUGCACUGGAAGGUUGGUACAUGCCAUUCCUCUCCAGUCAUUGCUGCGGAACAGGAGAGAUUUGACUGGGCAGCUGGAGUAUCUACCUGGUGUAGAGAGCUGAACUCUGAGGGCAGCAGGUAGAAUUGGUUAGUAAUAUAAAAACGAUUGACUGGAAAAUGCCCCAAACUGUCUUGCUAACUGUGUAAUAAUGUUGAAUUCCCCCUCUUUCUCAGAGGAAAAUACAAUAAAUUCCCAUACAUCUCCAAAAAGACAUAUGUCCAAUGCUAUCAGCUCUCAGGUACUUGAACACAAUUCUGACUGGGAUGAGAGAUCAGGUAAAGAGGGAUAUCUGAGCUGUUCCAAUGCCUGUUAAUUGUUAGUUUCUUUCUCACUAGUGCUGAUUUGUUAUCUUGUGGAAAUGUGUGUGAAAUGUACAAGGAUGAGAUGGGCUGAAGGCACAAAUUAAAAUAUGGAACAGGUGGAUGUGAAA